AUGUCCAAGGAUGACUCUCCGAUGGACGAAAAAUCGUCAGGAUGUCCGCAGUUCUGUUCCUCAAAUGCAGAGCUGAAUGACGAUGUUGAGAGUGGAAAGGGGAUUAGAGCACCCACUUGGCGACAUCGUCUAUUAGGUUUCGGGAAGAAACCUGACGUUACGACAGAAGUAGUCCGUCGGCGGAAGAGUAUAGUGGCGGAAGCCAUCAGUGAAACCGAAACUCGAAGCCUGGAGAGUUGUCCGAGCGGGUAUCCUCAACUUUCAUGCUUCUUGUCAUCAGAAAGUGGUUUCUCGCUGUACCGAGCGUUUGGCUAUCUACACUCUCGUGUUCUUCUGCAGCUUCAAGAUGAACUCGUUGCGCUGGAAAAGGAGUUGGACGACCUAGAUCGGGCCGACGAGGCCGAAGGCAGGAACCAGAAUCUCAAACGGCGACGCUACGACGAGAGAAGGCCCCGGGACGCAGAGGACGGGUUCCGUCCCAGAAAACAGAUCCUGGCCGACAUCCACCAGAAGCUGCUGGAAUACGACGGGUUGAUUGUGCAAGCUCGAGAAAUGCAGACGUUCCAGAAGCCAUCGGAGCGCGACUACCGGAGCGUCAGGGCGUACUUCUGGAACGAGAAGCCACUUUCGGACGAGAAGGAGGCCGGUUUCAUCAAAAAGAAGGAGGACAUCAUCUCUCUGCGAAGUGGGCGGGAGUGGUCUGGCUUUGACGGAUUCGUGGAAAACACCUUGCGACGCCUCGACGGCAAACUGGUCAGGAAGCUCUUUGUCACCCAGGAGCUGAGGGAUAAGACAAAAAAUCGGGACAUCCACUACUACAGCUCGUCCCGGGUUGAAAAAUUUGUCGGACUGAUCAUCACCAGCAUCAUCUUCAUCCUUCUGAUUCUGCCCGUUGUCGGUAUGUACAAGCUGACGUGCGCAGACAGUAGCCCAAAUAGCACUUUUCAAGCCAUCGGUGUUCUCAUCGUCUUCACACUGCUGUUUUCCGCCGCGAUGAGCCUUAUGACUAAAGCUAGGAGACAUGAAUUAUUUGCUGCAGCUGCGGCGUAUUGCGCGGUGCUUGUCGUUUUCAUCAGUAACUUGUCCAGUAACGGUAAUGGCCCCGUGAAAAAAUCAUAA